AUGCCAAAUGAUGGUUAUGGUGUUCUAUGCUCAAGCAUUUACUUUCUGUUGAGACAUGAAUUAGGUGAAUGGUCAUUCCGUUCAUCAGAAGCAUUAGAUAUGGUUCACUGGUUAGCUAGUGAACGAAAUCAUGUCGCUGGUUUUGCAAGCACAUUUGAUUCACUUUUUGCAAUGCAUGCCCUGAGAAAAUUCGCAUUGGCUGACACUAAUCGUGCAUUAUAUCGAAUGGCUGUGGAUGAAAAAAUAUCCUCUAUGAAUACUUGGGCAAACCGUAUCUACAUAGAUACUCAUAACUAUUCAACUGUAACGCAUACAACGUUCCCACCGGAAGAUGUUUGGGGUGAUAUAACAAUGAAACUUGAAGGUACUGGACGUGUAUUACUUCAACUGGAUGUAGAAGUGAAUGUAGAAUAUAAAGAAAUGCAAAAAAUGCCUAGAAAUCCAUUGGAUACCGAACAAGUUAUGCGUAGUUUUGAAAUUGAAUGUACUCCAGGCUUUCUAAGUCGUAAUAACUCCAUUAUGAUUAUGACUGCAUGCGGACGAUGGGUUGGCACAACAGGCGUUGAACCAUUACCUCAAAGUGGGAUGGCUGUAUUUGAAAUCGGAUUGCCAACAGGAUUCGUUGUUCUAAAUGAUGACCUGAGAAGAUAUGUGAAUAGUCUUAUGGUUCCAAAUUUACGCUACGCACGUUCAAACCCUAGAUCUGUACAUUUUUUCUUUGAUACGAUUACACCUGAUAAAACAUGUGUACAAUUUACAGCUGAACGUUAUUAUCCAGUUGCUAAUGUUACUCAGCAACAUGUGUGCUCGGCUUACGAAUACUACGAACCAGGUCGUUACAACAAUUCCCUCUACAAUGUUGUUUCACUUUAUACCAAUAGCAUUUGUAACGUAUGUGGUAGUUUCGCUUGUCCAUAUUGUCCAGAUUACAAUUCGUCGAGAAAACGCGUCCAACUAUCAAUGUCUAUGCUGUAUUCAAUAUUAGUAUUGAUAAGUUGGACAGUUUAUAAACUAUUCAAUUUUUAUUGA